UCCAGCGAUCGGCUGCGGGCUGUAGAGCGAUGUCCUACUGUUCUCUGUGGUUCGAUGGCGCAUCCAGAGGCAACGGCACGGGAUCGACCGUGGCGGGCUAUGGAUUCGUGCUGCAAGAUCCUCGCGGCGCGCCUCUCGUCCAGGCGUCCGAGUUCCUGGGGCAUGAUUUCACCAACAAUCAGGCCGAGUACAAGGCGCUCAUCGCUGGGCUGCGCAAGGCGAGGGCCAUAAACAUCAAGAACAUCUACAUCCGGGGCGAUUCCGAGCUCGUCAUCUAUCAGGUUCGAGGAAUUUACAGAGCCAGGAACCCGACGCUGCGCCGCUACUUGUCCGAGGUGAUGGAUCUACUCGACUGCUUCGACAUCUAUGCCACCGAUCACGUCCGCCGCGAACAAAACCAGCUCGCCGACGCGCUCGCGAUCGACGGCCUCCGCAAGAUCUACGACGAUUACUGCUAUGGCUACCGGGCGAUCCUCCAGUGCUGCUACUACGAUACCGGGGCAUGGAAGUACCUCCUCAACCAGCGAGUCCGGGGCUACUGGAGGAUGAAGUACAUGCUCUUGGUGAUCCAGGAUGAGUUUCCGGAUGUUUAUGACGUGAUCGAGGGCUGGUGCUAUGGUCUCGGCAUCCACGACCAGCACGAUGACAUUGCCCACAUCUUGGCGCUCUACUAGCUAGAAUAUCCUUGGUUUGAAAACAAGCGGGAAUUUAUGUUGUUCCGUAUUGUUUAGGGUUAUUGUCCCGUUUUACUCGAAUAUUCGUUUUUUGCA